AUAAUCCGGUUGCGGAGAAAAUUGAUUUUUCGGAAUACUUUGGAAUCUUUUGGGAUAAAAAAAACAAGCCUUUAAUUAAUUAUUCCCCUUAUGGUUCUAGUUUAAUAGCCGAUAAAGACCCCGAAAAGUUAAAUCAACAAUCAACAAGCAAAAAUUCUCCUAAUUUCUACCGCCAAGCACCCUUUUUGACUAUUGCCAAAGAAUUAUUGAAACUAGUUAAGGAAGACAAAGUGGAAAAAUUAAUAUUCUUAUCGGCUUAUGAUAAAAGGAAAUUUCCCACCGGAGACCCGCGCAAAAAAGCAAUAUUUUCCGCAACUUUUGAUAAAUUUGCUAAUUGUUCUUUGGAAUUAAUUGGCUUUGAUAGUGAAAGUCAAGGAGCCAAUAAAGCCGAUUGA